AGUUCUAAUUUAGUGCUAGUCGAAUUACCAUCGCUUCGGCGGACCGUUUGCGGACCUAAACCCCCCAUACACCAAUCGCUGAUAUCGUCGCCUGACGGCACUGAAGGCGUCAGUUUGUGCACAGUGGAGUGGAAAAGCCGGAAAGAAAAGUUUUGCAUAACUUUAAGGAAGAAGUGAAGCCAAAAAGAAGGGGAAUUGAGAAUUUUGUUUUUUGUUUUCGCCUGGGAAAACUCGCCUUCUUUUCGCCCCGUUGGACGUGCCGCGUGAUGAUUAGAAAGUGUAUCGGUGUGUAUUAGACCCACGGUGUAGUUUUCAAUUCCAACCCCAACCGAGAAAACACGUGCCACAGUAAAUUUGAAUCUCAGUGAACGAAGCCGCGCCAUCGUCCAAUGUCACGCCGGAAUCGAUCAGCAGUGCGGCCGAGAGUUGUUGCCUCCAGUAGUGCAUCCUCAUUUGCAUAACCCCGCGUGUCUGUGUCUAUGAUCGUGCGUGUGUGCCUGUGUAUACAUAUGUGUGUGUAAAGUUGGCAAGUGAAAAGCAAAGAGCAUAAAUAAUUAUUACAACCCAAUAAGUGCAGGGUGUGUUGGCCCCGGCGAGACAAGUGCAGUUGAAGGCGAGAAGGUGUGCCGUGGCAAAACCAGAAAGUGUGACCGCAGUGCCUGAGUGUGUGAUCGUGCGUUGUUUGUGUGUGUGUGUUUGUGUGUGUGGGGAAGGUUAAGUGGCGUCCUCAGCCUCGAGUGCCGACCGUCCGUCGGCCACCGAUAGCUGGAUGCACCGGAAGAGUGCAGCGAGGUCGCUGCCUUCUGCGUCACGAUCGUGCAAUCUGUGCAGUGACACCCGCAUGGGCCGCUGGAGACAGACGCCGGUCGCUCGCGUUGUCGUCGUGCCCUGUGCGACACCCGACCCGGCCAGCCCGGCAAUGCAAUCAACAGCCCGCUUGCCUGCCAGCCCGCCUGGACCGUACGAGAUGAUGACGGUGGAGGAGGAGAUGAGUGUCAGCCCCUUAGAGGAGGGUUCGGUGGGCCACAGUCGCGCCGGACCGACCAGCCGGUGUCGAAGGGUGUGUGGACCACAGCGAAGCAGGACGAUGGUGUGGCUGAUGGUGGCGCUGUUGGCACUGGUGCAGCUGACGGCCGGCUGUGGGCCGGGCCGCGGCAUUGGCGGUCCCCGGCGGACCCGCAAGCUGCUGCCGCUCGUGUUCAAGCAGCACGUGCCGAACGUGAGCGAAAACUCGCUGUCCGCGUCCGGCAUGCAGGAGGGUCCGAUCUCGCGCAACGACAGCAAGUUCCGCAGCCUCGAGACGAACUACAACAAGGACAUCAUCUUCAAGGACGAGGAGGGUACGGGAGCGGACCGUGUUAUGACGCAGCGCUGCAAAGAAAAGCUCAACAUACUGGCCGUCUCGGUGAUGAACCAGUGGCCCGGUCUGCGGCUCAUGGUGACCGAGGGCUGGGACGAGGACCACAUGCAUGCGCCCGAGUCGCUGCACUACGAAGGGCGCGCCGUCGACAUCAUGACGUCGGACAAGGAUCGGUCGAAGAUCGGCAUGCUGGCACGGCUGGCCGUCGAGGCCGGCUUCGACUGGGUGUUCUACGAGAGUCGUAGCCACAUCCACUGCUCCGUCAAAUCAGAUUCCUCCCAGUCGAGCCAUACAAGCGGCUGCUUCACCGGCGACAGCACCGUGCUGACCGAGGCCGGCGUGCACCGGAAGCUGAGCGAGCUGCAGAUCGGCGAACGGGUGCAGGCCGUCGAUGCGGCCGGCCGCACCGUCUUCAGCGAGGUGCUCAUGUUCAUGGACCGGGACACCCACCAGCGGCGCGAGUUCGUGACGAUCGAGGCGGAGGGCGGCGCGCUGCUGAAGGUGACGCCGGCCCAUCUGGUGAUGGUGUGGCGCCGCGAACGGUCCGAGACGCGCUUCGUCUUCGCCGACCGGGUGCGCGAGGGCGACCACAUACUGGUGCAUGUGGCCGGGUCGCUGGAGCCGCGGGCCGUGCAUCGAAUAUCGGCCACACUGGCCGAGGGUGUGUACGCGCCGCUCACGGGCGAGGGCACGAUCGUGGUCGACUCGAUAGCGGCGUCCUGCUACGCGCUGAUCGACAGCCAGACGGUGGCCCACUGGAGCUUCCUGCCCUACCGGCUGGCGGAGAAGGUGUCGGCCCUGUUCGAGCGCACCGACAGUCUCAGCUUGCCGAGGCACGAGGGCAUCCACUGGUACGCCAAGUCGCUGUACACCAUCAAGGACUAUCUGAUUCCCUCCAACUGGCUGUACCACUGAGCCGGGGCAGGAGAUGUUCGCCCUCCCAGUGGGCGAACGGAAGGCGUGUAAAAAGUGUACAGUGUAGCAUCGGGAAGGCGGACGGCAAACGGCGCAAACGCGGGACGACCGAUCUAAAUUAUUUAUGUAUGGAAUGCUCGGCACAGCAAAUGCUCCAGCAAUUCGACUGUACAGGCAAAGACACACACCACCACCACAAGGAUGGAGCGACUGCUUUUCCGCGCGUAGGCUGUAAGCGCCAUCUGCCUAGCAAAUCCGGAUGUGUGCGGGCCGUUUGUGAAACGCUCCACACGGGUUCGGUUUUAGUUCUGUUUCUGUUUCUUUUUUAAACGUGGUCCUUCAGCCCGGAGUUCUGCCGGCCCCACAAGGACGAGCUUGGAAAGUUAGCUAAAUAAGUAGUGGCAAAGACAAAAAGACAAAGAUUGACGCUGGAGUUUCGCGUAAGGAAUACAAGGCAGGAGCGGGAGCAAGUAGACAGUAGUGCAGGAGCGCGUUAGGUAGACGAUUAGAUAGCCGAAGCUUCAACAAACAGACACCAACAGCAUAGUGCGCAAGAGUAUUAGGUGCGUAAUUUAUUACCUUUAUCUUAUAGUAUGUAUAGUAGUGUAGGGGAGGGCUUAUGAUUCGAUGCGCCAUUUGCCACAUAGCGAUGUGUAUGAAUGGCCACAAAUGGGGUAAAGAGGGGCGAAAACUGAACAAGAUUGUUAAAUUAUUGCUGGGGCUGCGGCACCUCAGGCCAGUGCGACCGUGUUUGGAGUCAGGACGUCCUGUUUGUUUCUUUCCCUGCUGUUUCGUGUGCGUAUUCUUUUCUUGCCCUAAAUGUACCAGUUUAAGCCAUGAAAGGUAACCAAUGCACACGAGCACGAGAAAAGUGGGACGAGCAAGAUGGGGGAAGAAAUCGUUUAGCGAACGAGAGACUAAGUAUUUAUUAACUAAGUGAAACACACACACAACCACACGCUGUCGGAGCGCUAAGAAGUCGCUCUUGUUUGUGCAGAUGCAGCGGAAGCCGCAAGCAAACCAGAACCCGUGAUAUCUAAUUUUAGAAACUCUCUAAAUACUACGUUUUAUCGUCUGAUUUGUUUGCGGAGAGUGUAGUGGCAAAGGUUUUAAGAUAUUGUACAGCCAAAACGACCUGUUCGGAGCGUGUGGGGAGGGAGCGCGCCUACCGAGCGCUUUGAGAGGGAAGAAGAUGUUGAUUGAAUGUGGGGACGUCAGCAAGUGACUGGGGCCAGUGACCAGUCUAUCGGCGCGUAUUAACAGUGAAAAGAACUUAUUGAGUUGAAAUAAAAACGGAAUGCUUCUGUAAAUAGUAACCAACAAUUAA